UGUUUUUCUUUAAUUUCAUCACAAUUUUUUUUUUUUUUUUUUUACAUUUGAAUCUUUUGACAUAUGGAAAUUAACCACUUAUAAUUUAAUGAUUACCGGUAAUCAUUAAAUUUUGAGGAGCCUUUGAUCUCAAGAACUUGAUACUUCGAGCACCUAACAUAGAUUAUUUAGCAAAGAUUGUGCUGUUGCAGGCUGUAAUCCGUGGUUUCCAACAUGAUGGAAGUCUACACCUACAAGCAAGAAGUCAGAAGUCUGGAAAGGUGCAUCUGUGAUCCUUGGGUUUGAAAUUUAUGUAUUCUUGGUGCUGAUCAUUGAAAAAAUGCUAAGGUGUUCAAAGAGGAAUUGUUUCGGGUCUCGAGGAGCGCUUGGGGUUAAUCAAUGUUUUUGCUAUCUCCAUGUCCAAUUGCUUCAUAGAGGUCAGUUGCUCAGAAUCCCCUCUUAUCUGGUAAAGAGGCGCAAACAACAUUUCCACCACCUAGACCUGUAUGGAGUUGACUUGAUACUCGGCUGUAAUGGAUUCAUUUGGGUUGGUGAACAUGUUGAAGCCAAAGAUGACAUGGUAGCGGAUCAAAUGAUCAAAUCCGAGCAAGAGAAUGCCAAUUUAAGUGGUUCGGCGAGUUCUGAUGAUCAAGAACAAAGUCACACAUCACUAGAGAUUAGGCAACAUUUAUGUAGAAUAGCAAAUGCAGUCAGAGUAUUAUCCACUCUGCGUUUCAUGGUUACUGCGGAACUGAUAACUAACUGAGAUACUUGAUUUGAGCAGGCUGCAUAAUCUUGAUA